GUGGACUCAGAGUGUAUAAAGGGGAGAGAGCGAGGACUUGUUUCCUUCCUGUAAAGCUGGUCUGGUGACUACCACCUUUUGUAAUCAUCCUGACAGUUGCUUCUUGUGACUUUUUCAUCACAUGUCCUAAACAAUGACAAUGACAAGAUGACGACUUAUAAAGAAAUAUAACUCGGGAUGACUUCUCCAGGAGAUUUAACGAGUCACUCUAACUUUAAAGGUGCACUCCUCUGAUUUUACACAUCAAGAAGUCACAGAGAGUCUGACUGAAAACUGUCGUACAGUCUGGUGCUGUCACAGUGAGCUGCUUGGGUUUGGAGGCUACACAUCUUUUAGCAGAAAGCCUGCGUUACAAACUGGAGGUGUGGUGAUUGAAGAAGGCGUCCAUGGAGGUGCUGGAGCCAGAGGAGCAGUUCCUCCUGUUCGCCCGCAACGGAGAUCUGCUGGGGAUUCAGAGGCUCCUCAUGUCCAAGAUAAGAGAGGAGACGCACAUCAACAUAAACUGCAGAGGUAAGAGGAAGUCUAACCUGGGAUGGACGCCUCUUCACUUGGCCUGUUACUUUGGACACAAAGAUGUGGUGGAGGAAUUACUGAAGGCAGGCGCAGAUGUUAACCUGCCCAACAAUGUCGGAGACACGUCGCUGCACAAAGCUGCCUUCACAGGAAGAAAGGAGGUUGUCAUGCUGCUGCUGCGCUAUGAUGCAUGUGCUACUGUCAUCAAUGGGACAGCACAGAUACCCAAAGAUGUCACUCAAAAUGCAGAAAUCAGAAGCAUGCUCGAAGCGGCCGAGAGGACAGAGGAGAGGAAACUGGAGGAGGAACUUUUGGAAGCUGCACGAGAAGGAGACCUUUCAACUCUAACUCAGCUGCUCAGCAGGAAGAAGAACCCAGACAUCAACUGCACCGAUCUGCUGGGUAACACUCCGCUGCACUCAGCAGCCUAUCGAGGCCAGAGGCAGUGCGCCCUGAAGCUGCUCAAGAGCGGAGCAAGCCACAACAUCAAGAACAAGAAAGGCCAGACGGUGUAUGACCUGGCUAGUGAUGCAGCAAUGAAGCUGCUCCUUGAGGGCAACGCUCCUCGAGGUACGACCCGCCAUGUCAAGAAGUACGAGGGACUCCUCCUGAAGAGCUCCAGAUUUUUCGGCUGGCGCUCCUACUGGGUCGUCCUCCAAGACGGGGUUGUGUCCUGGUACUCAAAACAGUCAGACGCAGCUGCCAAUGUCAGAAGGCAAGGCUGCAAGUCGCUCACAAACGCUCAGUGUUUGAUCCGAGCCAAAGACUGCUGCUUUUUUACCCUCAAGUGCUUCGAUGACAGCGUGCAUCACUUCAAAGUUUCACCUAAAAACGACCCAGAGGCAACGAGAAAAGCGUGGCUGGACGCUCUGGAUGAGCACUCAGCUUACAGCACACACUACUGCUCCCAAGAGCAGGGCAGCGAGGAAGAGGAGGAGGAGGAGGAAGGCAUAUCACUCGGGGAGCUAGCAGACUCACUACAGGCGGCUGAGACCAGCCAGAAGAAACUGGAGAAGGAGGUGGAAGCUUUCCUGUCCAUGCUGAAAAGUGACGGACUGGCAGAAAGGUUUCCAUCCGCCAUACCGCAGAAAAUGCAAGAAAUCUGUGAGUUGUCCAGCGAGACCAGCUCCAGUCUCAGCAUCUGUCUCAGCCUCCUCUCCAGACAGGAAGGGGUGCGCAGUCUGAAAUUGGAGCAGGAGGUAGAGAAGAACAAGAUCCUCUCUGAAGCGCUGCAGACUCUCGCCACCGAGCACCACGAACUUGAGCAAUCCGUCGUCAAGGGAUCUUCGCCGCGGAGUGCCCUCAGUGAGGAUGAGUUCCACGACGCCGUGUCUGAAUCGGGCUCGGAGAUCUCCCUGAGCGGCUUUGAGACGGUGGCCAGCCAUUCCUUUGACGAGGACGAGGAGGAGGACGAAGGCUCUGUCAUGUUAUUAAGCAGCCCUUGCGGCAGCCCCGCCGGCAUGUUGCAGGAGGAUCACCAUGGUGACAAGGAUGAGGCUCAACCCAACGGGAUCGCAAAGCAUAGGGCCAGCUUACCUGCACCAAUGUUUUCAAGAAAUGACUUCAGUAUUUGGAGUAUCCUGAGGAACUGCAUUGGGAUGGAACUCUCCAAGAUUACAAUGCCAGUGAUUUUCAACGAGCCGCUCAGCUUCCUGCAGCGUCUGACGGAGUACAUGGAGCACACGUACCUCAUCCACCAGGCCAACGCCUGCUCAGACUCUAUUGAGAGGAUGAAGAGUGUGGCUGCGUUUGCGGUGUCCGCUGUGGCGUCGCAGUGGGAGCGGACAGGUAAACCGUUCAACCCUCUGCUGGGAGAAACCUAUGAACUGAUCAGAGAUGAUCUAGGCUUUAGGCUGAUAUCGGAGCAGGUGAGCCACCACCCUCCAGUCAGCGCCUUCCACGCUGAGGGCCUGAAGCAAGACUUUGUGUUUCAUGGAUCCAUCUACCCCAAACUCAAGUUCUGGGGCAAGAGUGUGGAAGCGGAGCCGAAAGGCAUCAUCACGCUGGAGCUGCCCACGUACAAUGAAGCCUACACAUGGACUAAUCCUACAUGUUGUGUUCACAACAUCAUCGUGGGUCAGCUGUGGAUCGAGCAGUACGGAAAUGUGGAGGUGAUCAACCACAGAACUGGUGAAAGAUGCUGCCUGAAUUUCAAACCGUGUGGCCUUUUCGGCAAAGAGCUACACAAGGUUGAAGGGUAUAUUCUGGAUAAAAGUAAAAAGAAGCUGUGUGCUCUCUAUGGGAAGUGGACCGAGUGCCUGUAUGUUGUUGACCCCGCCGCCUUCGAAGCGCAUAAGAAAAACGACAAGAAAGGGGCGGCGGAGAAAAAAAGCAGCAAAGCGGGUGGCAGUGAGGAUCAGGAGGAGGUUCCCUCUCCAGCUGCAGACACCGUGGAGAUGAUUCCUGGCAGCCAGCUGCUGUGGAGGAUCGCACCCAGACCGGCCAACUCCACCGAGAUGUACAGCUUCACAUCGUUUGCAAUGCAACUAAACGAGCUGCGUAAAGAGAUGGAGGGCGCCAUCCCUCCGACCGACUGCAGGCUGAGGCCAGACGUACGAGCCAUGGAGAACGGUGACAUCGACCUCGCCAGUGAGGAGAAGAAAAGGCUCGAGGAGAAACAGAGAGCUGCUCGCAAGAACCGCUCCAAGUCUGAUGAAGAAUGGAAGACGAGGAUUCCUGCCCUGGGCCCAAGGUGGUUUCUACAGGGGCCAAACCCCCACACCAGCUCCCAGGACUGGCUCUUCUGUGGUGGCUACUGGGACAGGAAAUACAGCCAGCUGCCAGACAUUUACUAACGGACAUUUCCUGCUCAGAGAAAUGAGCAACACACAGUGUCCUCUAUACGGAGCCGCAUUAACUGUUUUUUCUUUUUUUUUAAAUAAUAACUACGAGCAAUAAUACUUAAACUGCGUGGCCUUAAUCUACUUUAAAAUUGUGCAUAAAAAUGUCUAAAUCAAUAUUUAAAAAUUAUGAAAUGUAAAGUUGUUUGACAAUGUAGCAUUUGUAUUUACAUUGAGACCAGUUUGUUUCUGUUCAUAAUGGACUUUAAGCGCAGCGGAGAGGUUUUAUUGUCCAUCUACCUUCUUUUUAAUGUCCAUAAUAGUGUUUGACUCUAAAUGUAUAUAUAAUUUACACAAAUCCAACCACCAAUGACCUCAUCAUGUCUCACAUUCCCACUAGCUGUCAGUCGAUAUGAGGUGGUUUCUCCUGAUGUAUUUACCUUGUAAAAGCUUAGAAAACAUACUCACAGUAUAUUUUCUAUAUCAAUAUUACACUUGACUGGCACUAGUUUUGAUUGUUUUGUCCGUUGAAUUCUGUGUCUGCUGUGACUUCAUAAAGUCUUAAACACAUAAGAAUGAAAAGGUUUAUUCAUAUUUUUUGUGAAAGUUAAACUGCUUGUAUCAUUCUACCCGUCAGACAGACUAAACCAAGUUGAUUAUAAGGUCACAUGAUGAAGAAACUAUUGGAUUUUAAGGCCUCCUUAUAGAGCAUUGAAAGUAUUUUAUUGGAAACUGAAAUAAAACACUUCAGUGUGUU